CACUUGAGAUAUAAUCUUUUUUUAAAGAUUAAAUUGAUGAUAUUAAUGAAAUGAUAUUAAUAAUAUCAAACAUUGUCAAAUGCUGCAACUUUACAAUUUUUUAAUUUAUCAAAUUAUGUUUUUAAUAAUAAGUCUUUAGAGAAAAUUGCAUUAAUCCAAGACAACAUCAUUACUUGUGUGUAUGUGUGUGUGUGAAUCUUUCUAAGAAUUAUGCAGCUGAUAACACUGUUAGUGGUAUUAAUGUGUGUAAGAACAAAAAAUGUUGAGAUAGAUCCAUUGAAAACAAUAAUCUGGGGUCCAGGAUUACAGCCAGCAGAAAUUACUAUGCGUGCAAGAUACAUCUUUCUACAACUUAUUGAUGUACAUGGAAAGAACUUGACAGAAUCUCCUGGUGAAAAUACAGUUACUGGUCUAGUACAAGGACAAUCAUUUAAUGAUUUACCAUGCCGUAUUUGGACUCAACUUUUUGACUGUAAAGAUGGAAGUUUUAUUUUACGUUACAAAGUUUUCAAUACCUGUUUGAAUAUCAAAAUCAAAGUGAAAAUUAAGGGUAAAGAAUUACCAAUGUUUCAUUCAGAGAUCAAAGGUCUUGUUUAUGAAGAAGAGUGUUAUUGUCCAAAUCCAUCAAUUACUAAUUGGCUAAAUAAUUAUCAGUGUCAACAAAAUUAUACUCAAAUGAAUUAUGAUCUUGCUCCAUUUCCAAAUGUUGACUUUGACAAAAUACGUCAAAGUAUCAUUAAGAGAUAUGAUCAACCAUCCAGUGUCAGCAUAUGUCAUUAUAUAUUGAAAUCUAACAGAAUUUAUAGGCAAUGUUAUGGUCAGUAUGUUGGUUUUAAGAUAUUUAUGGAUGCUAUAUUAUUAUCGCUCGCACGCAAAAUAGUAUUGCCAGAUAUUGAAUUCUUUGUGAAUUUGGGUGACUGGCCACUUGUUCCUGAUAAAGGCCCGCUAUAUCCUAUUUUUUCAUGGUGUGGAUCUGAAGAUACAAGAGACAUUGUUAUGCCUACAUAUGAUAUCACACAAUCAUCUUUGGAGAUGAUGGGAAGGGAAAUGCUAGAUACACUCUCUGUACAAGGUAACACUGAUCUGCCAUGGGAGAACAAAGUUGAACAAUUAUUCUGGCGCGGACGUGAUUCCAGAAAGGAACGCCUUGAUUUAAUAGAUAUUUCAAGGAAACAUCCUAAACUUUUUAAUGUCUCCAUUACUAAUUUUUUCUUCUUUAAAGAUAAAAUAGAUAAAUAUGGACCUGGACAAAGUCACGUAUCAUUUUUCGACUUUUUUAAGUAUAAAUAUCAACUGAAUAUCGAUGGCACAGUAGCUACGUAUCGAUUCCCAUAUUUACUCGCGGGAGAUUCUUUAGUAUUCAAGCAAGAAUCCAAGUAUUACGAAUUUUUUUACAAAGAUCUUACAUCCGGACUACAUUAUGUGCCUGUGAAAAGCGAUCUCUCAGAUUUGGUCGAGAAAAUUCAAUGGGCAAAGGAGCACGAUGAGGAUGGAUUGAAGAUUGCUAAAUCCGCCAGACAAUUUGCGAGGGAUAAUUUAUUACCACGUGACAUAUUAUGUUACUAUACGACUUUAUUUCAUGAAUGGAGCAAACGCUUAAAGAGUAAAGUUAAAGUACUGAAUAACAUGGAAGAAGUACCACAACCUAGUCAUUCCUGUCAAUGUCAUCUUAGCAAUUUAAAUCUCAAAGAUGAAUUGUAGAGUUUAAUACGUUUGUCUAACGUCUUCCUAUGAUUUACUAGUACAAUGAAGAUUUAACCGAUUCACAUCAUCAUUAUAUAAGUAUCACGUAUCAUAAAUGUAUAAAGAUACAUAUUUCUUUACUAAGAUUUUGUACCUAUCGCUAAUGUCAAAAAUAAAAAGACAAUAUGAACUUGAAUUCGAAGCAAACAGUCUUCUAAUAUUUAAUAAAUCUUUAUCCCUUUUUUUUUAUGACAUGCUUAUAUAACCUGUUUAGCUAUUUUUAUAUACCAUUUAAUAGUUUUCAUUUAUUUGAUCUAAAAACAUGUCGAGAGCUUGAACAAGAUACAUCAUUUGUACAAUUAUCAACAUCUCCUUCGAAAAAUAUUUAUGGGAUAAAUAUAUAACAUGGAGAAAUUUAUAUUCACAUUCGUAUUAUAUUGAUUAUGAAGUUAAAUUUUACUACAUAUGCAAAUAAAUUGAAAUAAACAUUCACAUUUGUAUAAUCAACUUCAGUAACAUCAUAGCAUUAUAUACGUCUUAUUGUGAUAGCGACAAUAAAAUUUAUAAAUCGUUAUAUAAAUACGACUCUUGUAAAACGAAAUUGAUCAACAUGAAGCAGAAUGACAAAAAAAGGAUCCUACCAUAGUUAAUGCAGAUUUCACAUAUAGAUAAUUCUUCAAUGGUUUACAAUAUCGAAUAACUAAAACCGAAGUUCAAAUUAGAAAAAUGGUAUAUCCAAAUAUAAGAACACAUGCAUAUGACAAUUAAAUUGUCUCAUAAAUCUUGAGUUGUAAUCGGUGGCAUUUACAUAUAGUCUCCUAUCGAUGUGUCCAGGUAAUAAAUUGACAAUAAAUUACGGAAUUGACUUUUUACCAACGCAUCUUUUUUGAGCUAAUAAAUGAGUGACUUUUGUUGUUACCCAAAGCAAGAUUUGUGGAUUUUAAUUAUUCAACAGUCGAAUAAUAUUCAUAGAAACCAAAUUGGAUAAACGGCACUUGCAAACGAAUGCAUAAACUCAUCAACAGGAGACCAGUCACAAUAAUUAAUGCGCUAAAUUCUAAUACGUUAAGUGAAGUUUUAACAUAACACCAUAUAGAUGUUCGUAUUUUGACGGUGAUACGUGAGCAGUGUGUGUGCAAAAAAUAUAUGAAAAUCCUAUAAUUAUGUUUAAGUUUUAGCCAUAAACUAAUAAAAAUAUUAUACCUACGUAUUCAUGAUAAAAAUAAGAUA